AUGAACGUGGAAGAGGUGCAACCUACAAUUUGGUACCCAGAUUCUGGCGCAUCCGCGCACAUGACGAAUGACCCUUCAGUUCUCUCCUCGUCUACCCCAUAUACUGGAUCUUCUAAGGUUAUGGUUGGUAAUGGUCAUCUUCUCCCUAUCUCUUCUGUUGGAUCUUCUAUUCUGCCUACUAUUUCCAAACCUCUUCGUUUAAAAAAUGUUUUAUAUGUUCCAUUACUUGCCAAAAAUCUUUUGUCUAUACAACGUUUGUGUCGGGAUAAUGAUUGUCUCAUCGAAUUCACGGACUCUGGAUUUUUUGUAAAGGACAUGAAGACCAACACGACGUUGCUCCACUGUGACAAUAUUGGCGCUCUUUAUCCACUCUCUGUUGCUUCAACCAAUGUUUCGAAAGUCGGCCUAUCCGCUUCAGUUUCACCUGCUUCUCUUUGGCACCAACGCUUGGGACAUCCUGGCAGCCCAUCUCUUGCUUCUUUAGUUAAUAGGAAAUUAAUUAGUUGUUCUUCUUCUUUUGGCAACAAUAAAGAAGACUCUGAUGUUUAA